CCCUCCUCCUCCUCCACCCCCCUCUCUAUCUAAUUUCUCUCCCACUGUCUCUGAUAUGAGCGUGUGAGAGACUCGGUGACUAUCUCCUCCCGAACCAAAGUCGAAGCGCUGCAGUCAUUGAAAAACAGAGGCGAUACGCUCCCUGCUCCACAACAUGGCUACUAUCGUUACCUCAACCCGGUUUACUGACGAAUACCAACUGUACGAGGAACUCGGGAAAGGGGCAUUCUCCGUGGUUCGCAGAUGUGUGAAGAAAUCUACCGGCCAGGAAUAUGCAGCUAAGAUUAUCAACACUAAAAAACUUUCGGCAAGAGAUCACCAGAAGCUGGAUCGAGAAGCGCGAAUCUGCCGUCUCCUGAAGCACCCCAACAUUGUGCGACUCCACGACAGCAUCUCUGAAGAGGGAUUUCAUUACCUCCUCUUCGACCUUGUGACUGGGGGCGAACUGUUCGAGGAUAUCGUUGCCAGGGAGUACUACAGCGAGGCGGAUGCAAGCCAGUGUAUUAACCAGAUCCUGGAGAGUGUCAGUCACAUCCACCAGCAUGACAUCGUGCACAGGGACCUCAAGCCUGAGAACCUGCUCCUGGCCAGCAAGAUGAAGGGGGCGGCGGUGAAGCUCGCUGAUUUCGGACUGGCCAUCGAGGUGCAGGGAGAGCAACAGGCCUGGUUCGGUUUCGCAGGCACCCCUGGCUACCUCUCCCCCGAGGUCCUUCGGAAGGACCCCUACGGCAAGCCGGUGGAUAUCUGGGCGUGCGGUGUGGUCCUCUACAUUCUGCUGGUGGGCUAUCCUCCCUUCUGGGAUGAAGAUCAGCAUAAACUGUACCAGCAGAUCAAGGCAGGAGCCUACGAUUUCCCCUCGCCGGAGUGGGACACAGUGACGCCUGAGGCCAAGAACCUCAUCAACCAGAUGCUGACCAUCAACCCAGCCAAGAGGAUCACUGCUGACCAGGCCCUGAAGCACCCCUGGGUCUGCCAACGCUCCACUGUGGCCUCCAUGAUGCACCGCCAGGAGACUGUAGAAUGUCUGCGCAAGUUCAACGCACGGAGGAAACUCAAGGGAGCGAUCCUUACCACCAUGCUGGUCUCAAGAAACUUUUCAGUUGGCAGGCAGAGUACCAGCCCUGCCGCCGCCACCACCAGCACUGCGGCACUGGCAGAGCAAGCUGCAAAAAGCUUACUAAACAAAAAGUCAGACGGCGUGAAGAAAAGGAAGUCCAGCUCCAGUGUUUAUUUAAUGCCACAGACAAACAACACUAAAAACAGUACAGUAAGCAGCAGCAAAGACAGCAGCAUUUCAUCUUCAGCACCAAUGGAACCACAGACCACUGUUGUGCACAACCCUCCUGACGGCAUCAAGGGAUCCACGGAGAGCUGCAACACAACAGAAGAGGAAGACAUGAAAGUGUCUGUCUGUGGCACUAGCAACGACAGUGCGGUGGUGAGCCAGAGCAGUGCCGUGACUGAGGACCUGACAGUGCAGGUGGGAUCCCCUCAGUCUCCACCAGCCACUCGCAAGCAGGAGAUAAUCAAGAUCACAGAGCAGCUGAUUGAAGCGAUCAACAAUGGAGAUUUUGAGGCCUACACGAGAAUCUGUGACCCCGGGCUAACCUCGUUCGAACCCGAGGCACUUGGAAACCUGGUGGAGGGGAUGGAUUUCCACAAGUUCUACUUUGAACACUUGUUGAGUAAGAACAGCAAGCCGGUCCACACCACCAUCCUGAACCCUCACGUUCACCUGAUCGGAGAGGACGCGGCCUGCAUUGCGUAUAUCCGGCUGACGCAGUACAUCGACACCCAGGGCCGGCCACGGAGUAGUCAGUCUGAGGAGACACGUGUGUGGCACCGUCGCGACGCCAAGUGGCUCAACGUGCACUUCCACUGCUCUGGGGCCCCAGCUUCUCCACUACAGUGAACACUGUGAGCACGGCUCGCUUGGAUUCCAAAGCUGAAUGGAGCGUUUCUUCUCCGUGGUUGGAUUGGCGCCGGGGAGCCUGGAUGGAGGAGACCUCUCGAAGUUUAAAAAAAAAAUAAUUACAAAAAACAACAAACAAGUCCAACCCUAGCUAGACGUUCCGAGCGCGCCCGCCGCCGCGGCCCUGCUCUCGGGAUGGUGCAUGCUUCUGACGCCCACACGGCGGCUGCUGUUUUCUUGUCGUUUUCCAUGGAUCCAUCUUUUUUGCUCGUUUAUGCUGUCCAGAAGGUGUUUUAAACAAA